AUGUCACUACAAAACUUACCUGGUGUGGCUUUGAUCACAGGUGCAGCGUCUGGGAUCGGCAGAGGUACUGCUUUCGCUUUCGCCAAGAGUGGCUGCAAACGCAUGCUCGUAGGGRAUGUUGACGAAAACGGGCUGGAGUUGACACGUAAAACCAUUCUGGAAGAUCAGCCGGAUGUUGAAGUUGAGGUAGCACUCGUUGACAUAAGCGAUGAAGAUUCGGUGCAAGGCUUUAUCGAUCAUUGCGUCUCCAAAUUUGGCAGAAUCGACUAUGCAUGCAAUAUUGCAGGUAUCUGCCCGGCACGAGAGUCGAUUGCAGAGACAAGUGUGGAGACUUUUGACAGGGUCAUCAGUAUCAACACUCUCGGGACAUUCCUCUGUCAUAGAGCUGAGAUACGGCAGAUGCUGAAGCAAGACCCACUGCCAACGUCAAGAUUCAAAGGGUCGAUUGUUUCGGUAUCUUCCAUGGCAGGGAUCAACGCUUCUCCUGGUGUCACGCCGUAUAGCAGCAGUAAGUUUGCCAUCAUCGGCCAAGUGAAGACAGAUGCGAUGGACUAUGGCCCGCAAGGUCUUCGCGUCAACUCGGUGGGGCCAGGAUUCACCAAUACGGAACGUCUCCGGGCCAUGGCCAAUGAAGAGCAGCUAUCAGCCAUUGCCGGUAGUGUGCCCCUUAGUCAACUGGGUCUACCAGAGCAGGUUGGCCAAUCAAUGGCGUGGUUGUGCAGUGAGGAGGCAGGCUAUGUGAAUGGGAUCAACAUGAUGGUGGAUGGCGGCGCCACGCUUUGGCGACAAAUCAGCUAA